GAAAGAAAAUGAUUUUUCUUUCUAAAGACAAGUUGUCUUAUCACAUAGAAAAAUUAGUUGCAUUAAUGUUGUUUAGUUUAAAUUUCAAACUUUUCCAUCAAGUUAUCUCUCAAUUACAAAGAAAUUCUCUUUUGAUGUGGGCCCACACAGUUUAUUUUCUUCCCCAGUUUUCACCCCAACCAAACCAUGCAAUAUAUUUUUUCUCUCUUCAUCUUCUCUUCUCCAACGUUCUCUCCACCCCAAACCACUCCAACUAAAACAAUCCAUUAAGGUUCACCAUUGUCUCCUUUCCAUAUUUUUAAUUAGGUAAAAUUUCUACUUUUUGAUUGAAAAUUACUCAACUUAACUCAACUGUGGAGGAAGUUAGUUACUGAAAAUAAGUCAAAGGGAUCUUAAAUUUCGUUCAUGAAAUGUCUAAUUUAACUUAUUGGUUCUUAUACUGUGCUUAUGAUGUUGAUGAUUUGUGCUUAGCAGAAAAUAGACUGCAGACUUUCUGUAUUAGAAAUUGAAUGGUCUUUGCAAACUCAUGAAGAACUCCCUCUGCCCCCUUAGUACUUUUUUUUCUUUUUGGCUGUCCCGAAUAAACUUGGUCUUUCUUUUCAAGGAAAGAAUUGCAUGGUUUAUAUUUUUCCCUUCCAAAAAGCCUUACACAACUCCACACUCUUAAAGGCGUACACAAGUGAAAAUGAAAAUUAUUUAGGGAUGGAGGGAGUGGUACAUGUGUAUAACAACAUGAGAGUUAAGAUGCACAUAAACCUACUCCUAUAAGAAACUUGAAAGUCAUUUAAAGAAAAAAAGAAACUAUUUCCAUUAGACCCUUGAUUCAUUUCUGCAUUUACUAUCCAAAACUUCGUAGGAAGCAAGAAGCGAAGGAAGUUUGAUGUGUGAUGUGCGAUUUUUAUUUAGUCCAUUAUUUACCUGAAACUAAAACAUUGUCAACAGUGACUCUUUUAGUUCCAUUGGCAAUGGACUCUAUUAGAGGGACAAGGGAGUAGUAGUUAAAUUACUUUAGUGCGUUCUAUUGUAAGAGUCUUUUGUGGACCCAAGAAUCAUUUUUUUUUGGUCCAUGAUUUAUGGAGAUCAUAGAGAAAUUUAUGAAAACUCAAGUGACCUGAAUAACAGUGCUUUGACACCAACCAAUACUUUGAUGUUCCGUGAUUUAUUCAUCUUAUUCACCACAGAGGAAAGGUGAACAUAUGGAAAUUCAAGUUACCUGGAUAUCAGUGCUUUGACACCAACCAAUACUUUGAUGUUCCAUGAUUCACUCAUCUUAUUCUUCAAGUUUCUCACGUGUGGCAUAAUCGGCCAUCAAAUCUUCUAUCAUGAUCAUUUUUUAUUUGCAUAUAGCCUUGUACAGUUGACUAAUUAUUAAAAAAAUCAGCUCCGAGAACUUGACAGAGGAGUUGAUAUUCUUGUGGCAACUCCGGGGAGAUUAGUUGAUUUGCUUGAGAGAGCCAAAGUUUCUCUAGAGAUGAUAAGAUAUUUGGCCCUUGAUGAGGCAGAUCGUAUGCUUGAUAUGGGGUUUGAGCCUCAAAUCAGAAGGAUAGUGCAGCAAAUGGAUAUGCCCCCACCUGGUGUAAGGCAGACUAUGUUAUUCAGCGCCACAUUUCCUAGGGAAAUUCAGAGACUUGCAUCUGAUUUUCUUUCAAACUAUCUAUUUUUGACGGUUGGACGAGUUGGUUCCAGUACUGAUUUGAUUGUUCAGAGAGUUGAGUUUGUUCAAACUCACGACAAGAGAAGCCAUCUUAUGGAUCUUCUUCACGCACAUAGGGCAAAUGGUCUUAAUGGGCAGCAAGCUUUAACAUUGGUGUUUGUGGAAACGAAGAGGGGAGCAGAUGCAUUGGAACACUGGCUCUGUACUAAUGGGUUUCCUGCAACUUCUAUUCACGGUGAUAGAUCACAACAGGAAAGAGAGUUCGCAUUAAGAUCAUUUAAGAAAGGGGAUACUCCCAUUUUAGUUGCAACAGAUGUUGCAGCGCGUGGCCUUGACAUUCCUCAUGUUGCCCAUGUUGUCAAUUUCGAUCUCCCUAACGACAUUGAUGAUUACGUGCACCGGAUAGGAAGGACAGGCCGUGCUGGCAAGAGCGGAUUGGCCACGGCAUUUUUCAACGAAGGUAACGUCUCAUUGGCCAAACCUUUGGCUGACUUGAUGCAAGAGGCUAAUCAAGAGGUACCUGAUUGGUUGGCUCGUUAUGCUAGUCGUUCUUCUUAUGGUGGUGGUGGUGGUGGUGGUGGUAGAAACAGGAGGCCUGGUGGGAAUCGUUUUGGUGCCCGAGACUUUAGAAGGGGCGGCGGAGGUGGUGGCAAAGAUUAUUAUGGUGGCGGCGGUAGCGGAGGUUAUAGUGGUGGUUAUGGCGGAGGAUAUGGUUCUGGAGCAAACAGUGCAUGGGAUUAGGGGUUUCGUUUACAUUGUUUUCGUCAUUAUUAUGUACUCUGAUAAUAAUAUUAGGACUCAAAACACUUCCAAUACGAGAAAAUGGUGUGCUUUUUGAAUAUUUUUUCCCCCCAAAUGAUUUAAAAGUGAAAACCAUACUCUGGGGGAUGGAGUAGAGAGCCUUGAAGACAUGAUAAUUUUCAAGGUUUGUGUUUUUUGUUUUGCAACACAAGUCUUUCUAAUAAUGUUUUGGUGUCUUUUUUCCCCUCUUUCUUUUAGUCCCACAGUUUUGGUUUGUCGAGAGUUUGAGUUUAUGGUGAUGUCUUGAAACUUAUUAUAGUUGAUGAAUUAAUGCCAUGUUUGGUU